UCACAUGUCCGUUACAGGAGUCAUAUGACUUCAGUCGAUGAAAAUGAAAGCUGGGUGCAGCCAGUUUAAACCUGUGGUGCUUGUUUUUAUAUUUAAUUCAUGUUUUUACGCAAGUUACCAACUGAAUGAACUGCAGGUAUGUGAGCUCUGCAGCGGCGCAGUCCUCAAUGGCACCGCAGUGGGUCGGUUUUGCUCCGCGUCCGCUGGUCGGAUAGACGGACGCUGCUGCUUGAAACAUGACAACAGACGCGACCCUGAACACAUCAUUGGGUUGGAUCUGUCCAAUUGUUCACUAACUCACGUGGAAGAACUUCAUGGAGCAUCAACAGCAUUAAUAAUAGACCUCUCACUCAAUCUCAUUGUCAACAUCAGCGACACGGCAUUUCAAGGAUUUCUUGAGUUAAAUCAAGUGAUUUUGCCACGAGACAUAGUUUGUCCAGGGGGCAACAUUUAUUGGGAAAAGGUGGAGGUCACAGAGGGAAAUCGCAUUUGUGAAGGCCAGAAAAAUAUGUGCAACCAGACUGGCCAGCUGUCCAUAAACUGCCCAGAGAACUCCCUCUGUGCCCCCUAUGGCCCCAGCUUCUUUGAGUGCAGCUGUGCGGACAACUUUCAUGGAUACAAGUGUCUUCGAGAGGGGGAGUUCCCUGGUCUCCUGGUGUUUGGGUCUCUUUGGGCGUCAACAGCUGUGAUCUCCUUCCUGCUGUGGCUCACGCAGAGACGCAAGGCCAAGUCCCUGUGAGGCUGAACUGCAAUCGACUUCUUUAACUGCAAUGAUCGACUGAGCUGAAACUGAAAGGCAACGUACUGACACUAAGUCUGAGGUGACCCCAGGCUUCUUUUAAACAUUUUUACUUAAUUUUAUUGAGGUACAUUUUAAUAACUGGCAUUUUACUUCUUUUUUUUAAAUCAGUGCAAUUUGAGAUAUAUUUCAACAUGUUUCUCUAAGUUUUAAAUAUUUGGCAAUAGUUACAAUUUAUAAUUUUAUUUUUUAAAUGUAGUAGACUGACGAGAGAUAAUAUUGGUUGUGUGUCAGAAAAUUCUGAGGAUCUGCUUGCUGUUAAUUGUGCCAAACAUGCACUGAAUGUGUGAGUUGACGCGAUGGAACUACGUGUCCUUCUGCACAUUUGAGGACAUCCGUAGAAUUGUUUACUCCAUGUUGAAUGUGUACUUUACUCUACAAAAACUAAGUCGGGUUCACUCUGUGAAUCAUGAUGUGAACCAUCAAAAUGAAGAUUUGCUGUAUAAAGCUAUAUUUAAAAAAGAAAAAAAAUAGAAAAGUAGUUUAAAGGACUUAAGUAUGUUUACUUUUAUGCUGUGACUACAUGUGUUUCUACUGCAAGAGGAAACUAGUGAGUUUCACUUUUUCAUUCAGGGUGCUAAUAAAACAUUUAAAACAAUAAA